UUCAGACUGUUCAGACACCUGCUCGUCAACAGUUGUGACGGUUGUGACCGGGUGUGACUUAAUAACAAUAGUGAGGUUAAGAUGUGCAGUGUGACGGUUAUCGCGAUAUUUGCUGUAUUUCUAAUUAAGUCGGGAGAAGGUUUGAAUAAAUAUUCCGCAGAAGCAAAUGCAAAUCCAGAUGUCACGAAAGAACCUUCCUUAAAUUUUAGAAACUUGGAAAAACCAUUUCGAAUGGCGAAGAUAAAUGUGCUAUGGUCAAAGGCACAACUAAGGUUAACAGAACCAAAAUUGAAAUCUUUGUUCAGUGAAUUGAAGAUUCAUGAUAAAGAGGAAGUGACAUGGAAGAGGCUAAAGGCUGAGGGUUUAGACAAAGAUGGACUGAAAGAAGCAGAACUUCGCAAGAAGUUAACUGGAAUAAUGAGUACAUUUGGACUCCUUGAAAAUUUUGAAGAUGUAGGUGAUCCAAAGAAAUAUAAACAGCAUAAGGCUUUUAAUGAUGCAUCUGAUGAACAUAUUAACAAAAGUCUUUUCAAGGACAAGAAACUCAAUAAAUUAUGGGAUAAGGCAGAACGGUCUGGAUUCACGGCUGAAGAAUUGCAGGCAUUGAAAGAAGAAUUCAAUCAUCAUCAAGAUAAGAUAGAUCAAUACUAUUCUCUGUUGAAGGAUAUGGAGGAGGGACCAAAUGAUACAUAUGAGAAUUCUCUGGAUAACACAUUAGAGCGAUUCAAUGUAAUUGAAGAACAAGAGAAAACUGGCCAGGAUUACCGUCAUAAAGCUAACUUGUUGAGAGACAAGCAUCGAGAUAUUAGGGAUGGAUAUGAUCGCCUACAUCGCCUGGCUGCCAAGGGGCCCAAGAGCAAGGAAUUCAUUGAACCGAAAGUUCAGGGACUGUGGCAAUUGGCAGUAGAAUCAGAUUUCAGCCCCAGUGAACUGGAGUCCCUCAGGGUGGAGCUGAUGCACUAUGAGAACCGGCUGCUAAAGUUACGCCACCUGCAGGCAGAGGUAGCUUUGGGGUCUGAAAGACGUGCUGAUAAGGAAAAACUGGCUGGAGAGAAGAGUGAAGGAGUUAUACUAAUGGAGGAAACCAUAAAGAAGCAGGCAAGAAAAGUUGAGAAGCUUCAUCUGGACCUUGAGACAAGAAUAAUGCAAAAACACACAGAACUGUGAACUACAGAAAUGGAUAAUUUAUAGAUCAGGGGCUUUUAAGUCAUUAUUGUGGUGAGUUAUGCAGCUAUAUUGUCAUUUGUAUAAUUUUAUAUGAUGCUGUCUUUGUUUCAUAAGGUAGCUCACAAUUACAAUAAUGUACAGAGAUCUGAUUUAACUUGCGUAGCAAUUAAAGAUGAACUGUAUUCUCUAGCUUUUCCUUUUGGAUAAUUUACCACAUUGUUUUUGAUGUUCUCAGUGCAUGUUACCAAUCUUUAUUUAGCAGAAUGGACUCAUUUAGAAUUGUUUCAAUUAAGAGAGAUAUUUUUCAGCAUUAAGGUGCUGAUAUUGUGGCAUUUGCAGAGUUACAAAACCUGUUAUCUUCAGAGGAUCGGCAGAAAAAGUGUAAUGGUUUACUUGGUUUGAGCUUCGUAUGGUACAGUUGUAAAUAUACGAAUUGGAUUUAACUCACGAUGUAGUUCAGUGGCAGGAUUUUGAAAUCUUGACUGUCAUUAAACUAUGGAAUUUCAUCAUUAGGUGAAUAACAUUGGCCAAGAUGUCCCUCUUCAUAUAAAAGCAGCAUUGUGUGCACUUCCUUAGCUGUGUUUUCAGUAAAGAAGCAAAAAAUUUUAAGUUUUGUGGUAUUGAGAGGCAGAUGGUAUGUGUGUUCUUGUGUAAUACUGUUAAUCAGUGUUCACUGUAUUAAGAUCAGUCUGGUUUUCAGAAAAAUGCAGUAUCUACUCACACAAAAAUCUUGGAAACCUCACCAGAAAGACUUCUCUUUCUAAUACCUGUUAACAGUGUUUAUUGUUAAUAAACUCAUGUUUCCAAAA